AUGCGUCGAACCGCUCUUCUCUGCGCGCCUAAAGCCUUAUCGGCACCGGCGGUCACCCAGGCACUUCAGUCGCUGCCGGGCUGGAGGGUGAAUGGCAACAACCGAAACGCCAUCGAGCGGGACUAUGUCUUUGCCGACUUCAUGGAGGCGAUGCGCUACAUGAACACUGUCGCGCCCGUUUGCGAAAAGAUGCAGCACCAUCCCUGCUGGUCAAACGUCUAUAACCGCCUGCACGUGCAGCUGACGACGCACGACGCCGGCAACACGGUGACGCAGAAGGACGUGGACCUGGCAAAGGCAAUGAACGCGGCGUACGAAGCGAUGCGCACGCACUGA